UGCAGCAUUUUAACGAAUGAAUACAAUCAUCCUUGAACCACGUGACGAUACCGAGUUCGAGUUCGAAAAUGUAAACACAAACACUGAAAAAAGAUUUGUUUGGUAAUUUGAAUUGCAUGUGUGUGUUUGUAACAGCACUUAUUUUUGAACCAUUCUUAGCCAUUCAGUUAUCCCUAUUUGAACUGCAAUAUAAAGACAUUCAGACCACGAUAAUGCCCUAAAUAACUGUGUGGCGAGGCCAGCGCCAUCCAACCGUUCACCAUGGCUCUUGUUGGAGAAGAGCUGGCGAGGCCUUUGACCGAGGAAACUGACGGAAACGUUUCACGGGACGAAGGCGCCGAAUCGAGCCAAGCGGUCUCUCGCGUGCGUCCCAGUGAGGACGACAGUGAGGCGUCCGACGAACAGGCUGCCGAAAUCGUCGAGCUCCUACCGAAUGAGAGUCGCGAGAGAACAGAGGAGGGGACAGAAGACGACGAGCCGCAGCGCGCGGGCGGCUCGCCCCAAGAAGCAGUGGUUCCUCACCCGUGUGUGACGCCCAAUGAGGAGUCGUUCGAGUGCACCAUCUGUCUGUUUGACAUCCCGCCGGGCAGCGGCGCGGUGCUGCGCCAGUGCACGCACACCUUCUGCAGGCAGUGUCUCGCCAGCCUGGUAAAGCACUGCGACGACACGGAGGUGCGCUGUCCGUUCUCCAGCACGGAGAUGGCCUGCCGCGGCGUGCUGCUGGACAGCGAGGUGCGCGCGCUCGUCUCGGCCGAGGUGAUGGCGCUGCGCGACAUGCGCUGCCUGAACCGGGCCGGCUUUGACAUCGCCACCGGCCAGCUGUGGCCCAGUCUGACCGAGACCACCAUGCGCGACCUGGUCACUAACAGCACGCGCUUCGAGUGUCCGCUGUGCUUCAGCGCGGCGGCACCCGGCGCCGGCGUGGUGCUCAAGGACUGUCUGCACUCGUUCUGCCGGUCGUGUCUGGUGGACGUGGCCGAGGGCUGUGUGCUGGAGGAGGUGCCGUGCCCGUGCACCAGCUCCGACUACCGCUGUGAGAGCUACCUGCUCCAGGAGGAGGUGCGCGCUCUGCUCGGGCCGGCCGCCUACACGCGCCGCAUGGAGCGCGCGCUGCAGCACGCCAGCGAGGAGCGCGCCGCCCGCCAGAUGUGGGGCACGCUGCAGGCCAUCGGCCAGCAGGACCUGGCGCCCAACGCCGACCCGUUCGACUGUCCCAUCUGCUUCUGCACCAUGGAGCCCGGCGAGGGCGUCGUGCUGAAGGAGUGUCUGCACACGUUCUGCCGCGACUGCCUGGCCGGCCUGGUGCGCCACUGCGACGCGCCCGAGGUGCAGUGUCCGUUUGUCAGUAACGAGUACAGCUGCACCAGCACGCUGACAGCUAAGGAGAUACGCGCGCUGGUCAGUGACGAGGACUACGAGCGUCACCUGGCGCGCUCGCUGCGCCAGGCCGAGGGCAACACGGCCAACUCGUUCCACUGUCGCACGGCCUCGUGCGCCGGCUGGUGCGAGUUCGAGGACACGGUCAACACGUUCUGCUGCCCGGUGUGCACGCGCGUCAACUGCAUCACGUGCCGCGCCAUCCACGAGGGCAUCGACUGCCGCGACUACCAGGAGAGGCUGGCGGCCGACGCGCGCCACAACGAGGAGGCACGCCAGACGCAGGCCUACCUGCAGGACAUGCUGGCCCGCCGGCAGGCCAUCAACUGCCCCGUCUGCCGCAUCGUGCUCAUGAAAAAGGACGGCUGUGACUGGAUGCUGUGUCCGGCGUGCCGCAACGAGGUGUGCUGGAUCACGGGGAAGGCGCGCUGGGGCCCGCGUGGCCGCGGGGACAGCUCCGGAGGCUGCCGGUGCCGGGUCAACGGCAAACUGUGCCAUCCCAACUGCCGAAACUGCCACUGACGCCGGCCGAGAGCUCCACAGACGCAUGACCAUGAAUUACGGAGAUUAUCGAUGUGCCAUGCCAACUGGCUGUGCUGCUGUUUAUUGCCGGAUGUGUAUAUGAGUGUUGUGUUUCGCCUCUGCAUUUACCGUAUAAUGUGAAUUUGUGUGACACGGUUUGAUAAGCAUGCUGAACAGUUCAGCCCCAAGAAGGGAUUAUUUAAUUCAGAAAUGGCCAGUAACCAUUCCUUAUUUUUAGGAGCUCGAGUAGCUGGCACCAGUGAGCCGUUGUAGAUAUAUUGAAAAGCCUAGUGUUCAUUCAUCAUGCAUUGAUCGCUCAUGAAAUCGUUAGCAGUAUUUCAGCUCUGGGAUUUGUGCUGCUCACGGUCAUGUUUUCGUAAAGCACACGUAGCUCAAGCUUUUAUGUUAUAGGUUUGAUGAAUAAAAGAUACUAUAUUCGUCAAAUUAGCUCAGGCCAGUCCAUGCUUGUGAUCAAAUGAGCUGACCUGCAAUGAUACUCGAAAUGUCUUUAUCAUAUCUGUAAAUGAACUUUUUGUUUUGCGAUUGAUGCGCAGAAUAAACGUUUUCAUUAUCAAAAA